GAAGCUAUAAAAGGGCACGGCACAGGAGCCUCAGCACAGUCGUCAAAGUCACUAGUGUGAGACAGGACACCGCUCUAGAGAGUUGACGAUGGCCCAAAGGUUGUGUUUGCUGCUAACGAUAACGGCGUGGGCGGGAUGGGCGGCAGGGCAGUCCCCCUACUGCAGCUUCACGCCUGAGCACACGCUGUGCGGCGCGUCUGGUCUCGGCCCCACCUGCGGGUCCCAGGUGCCGGGGCGAGGCGUGAGUGCCCAGGACGCCGCCCUUAUCGUGGCGCAACACAACCAACUGCGGUCCCGGGUGGCCAUGGGGCAGGAGGGCCGUGGAGCGCCCGGGCCGCAGCCGCAGGCAGCCAACAUGAGGCUGAUGGAGUGGGACGACGAGCUGGCUUUGAUUGCUCAGGGUCAUGCCGACCAAUGCAUCUUCGAGCACGAGUGUUCGGACUGCCGUCGCGUCUCGAGGUUCGGUGUUGGGCAGAACCUUUUCAUCAGCUUCCAGAGCAACUUCGAUACACGCAUCCAGUGGGGGCGAGCCAUCAAGGCCUGGUAUGAUGAGGUCGCGGAGUUCAGCCCGUCAGCAAUUCAGCCUUUCCAAUUCUCGACUCCCGUGGGCCACUACACCCAGAUGUUGUGGUGGAGCUCCUACCGGGUAGGAUGCGGCUACACUAUGUUCCAGGAGGACGGCUGGUGGAAGAAGCUCUACACCUGCAACUACGGUCCAGGAGGAAACAUCAUUCUGAGCCAGAUGUACCGUCGGGGGUCGCCGUGCUCCGCCUGCCCCGCCGGCACCUCCUGCUCCUUGCAGUACCCAGGACUCUGUGGCUCUGACAGCACUGACAACAGCAUCACGCCCACUACAGCGAUAACAGCGAGGCCGACGCGCCCACCUACAACCACACCCUUCCCCGUCAACAACGAUAAUAACAACCUGGAUAAUGGCAUCCCACUCAUUACUGUUAACAACAACAACAAUAACAGACUUGAUGGUUUUAAUGGAUUUAAUGUUCUUAACAGCAUUAACCCCGAGGAUGUGGAUAUUAACGCUCUGAUCACUUUCUUCAACAACCGAAGGAGACUCAGCACUCGUAGGCCACGGCCAGGCCUUAGGAGGCCAACGGCAUUGGUGACAGCCAGAAAUCCUUCUACCACUCCUCCCACUAACACAACCACUCCUCUCCCCGCAACCACACCUAGCACCCAACCCCCUAUGCCUACCACUACCCGAUUUUCUAUACCAACCACAACACCCACUUCCACCACUACACCUGUGCCUCCUCCCCGAAGCACGAAGCCCACAGCCACCGCUCCAACAGCCACAACAUCACCACCACAAGCCACGACCUCCACCAGAACCGCGUCACCAACCACAACUUCUUCCCCUCAAGGUCCAGCAAGCGCCUCAGCCUUCGCCACAAACCAGGUCUUCCAGCAGAGGACGGGCCCUCCUGCCGUAAGACCUAACCUCUUCCCCCAGUUUUUCGCUCACAACCAAGAAGCCGAGCAGCAAGAAUUUGAACCUGCAGAAACCGAGUUCGAACCCGCCGAGGCAGAAGAACCACAAGAGCAAGAGUUCAUCCCCUUCACAGGAGUUCAGCCACAAGUGUCGGAUUUGAUGCCUUUCCUCCAAAGGGCUGGAAUGAAUACGCAGGUGAUCCGCACUGCCUCCCUCGCCAGCGUCCAGGGAAUCAUCAACAAUCUCCCAGUAGGACUGAGGCCCAUCGUCCUCUUCAGGUCGGGGUCAGGCCAUCUGACUGAGCUGGACGCCCAUACGCUCCUUCCCCUCCGGCGAGUUGGCCGAUCCACCACCACCAAGCUUCCCAACAAGGAGCCCAGCGUCCUUCUUACUUGCGACCUGGAUGUCUCGCCCUGCAACAUCAAGCCCGUAGGCGGCGUCUGGUCUAAGGGUAACACCGAGGCUGAAGGCAACUUCAACCAGGUGCAACUAGAUGCGGGAGAAGGAUCACAGGUGGUGGUGCAAGAGCUGGUGUCUGCUCCCACCACGGAUGCUAUCUGCGUAGGGCUCUCACACUGGCGCUCCCUGAUGCCCGAGGCCGAGCUCAACAGCACUCUUCCGGACGUCCAGAUCGGCGUGAUGCCUCUCCGCGGCGAGGUCUCUCGUCUUCCUCUUGCCGGCGCCUCGGGGGUGUGGGAGAUGAGCCGAGUAUCUUUCAACAACAUCACGACGCCCUUCCAGAUGGUUCUGACACUGGGUCCGACCACGGACGCUUCCAAGGUAGCCGUAGACGCUCUGCAGGUCACCGACGGCUCGUGCUGCAUGUCCGGGGAAUGUUAGUUCUUAAGGCGUAGCACCUCCAUCGGGCCAGCGGCACCGGAUGCUGUUGGUCACGAGGGCCCUGAGAAUGCAUGUUUCCUCACUUGUAUGUGUGCUGUGUCUAAUAUCUUCAUGAUGUGGCAAAUGGAUCAUGACUUAUUUAUUUAGCAAUCAGCGACUGAGCUGUCUGACUAAGCAUGGAUUUGGCUCUAUUCACAACACCGAAUGAUCUUUGUAGAGGAGUCGAAUUAUCGCCAAGUCUAUCCAUUUGCCAUUAUAGUGGCUGCCUACGUUAGGUAAGGGACGGGUUGGCAUAAACACAUGGUGUAACAACUAAAAAGUUUUUACCUGAAAUUUUAAAAGCAAAAAAAAAACACACACACAAAAAACAUAUACAUAAAUAUAUAUAUAUAUAUAUAUAUAUAUAUAUAUAUAUAUAUAUAUAUAUAUAUAUAUAUAUAUAUAUGUAUAUACGGAUUUGAUGAAUAAUGUAAAUAUUGUACAUUCGCUUACACGUGCCAUGUGAUUUUUUCCUGCGUUCCACUUUCUAGUGUGAAUGAGUGUACUAGCGAGUUUAAUUCAUCUUAGUGUUACACCUGGUAUUUUAUGUUUCCUUUUUUAUUAGCUGAUGGACCCAUAGAAAGGUUUGCGAACGGAUAAAGACAAUUCGAAGUAUCAAAAGUAACCAUUUCGCUGUACAUAAGCAUUGCAAAUCUUUUUAUUUGAGCCUCUGUUUGACAGAGGUUCUGCUGAUUGUACUAUUUAUUGUGUCUACUCAAUAAAUGUCCUGAAAAAG